CUCACGCAGCAUCCUCCCCACACCUCUUCUACCUUCACACUCACCUCCUCAAGCCCUGUCUGUCUGCCGCCCUCCUCUCCAUCACCUACUAACACACAUAAUUUCUUGCCUCUUCCUCGAGUCUUGUCUCUCUUUCCCUCCUCCUCCUCCUCCUCCUCCUCCAUCUCCUGCCGGUUUUCCCUCCUUCUCACAAUUCUCUGCACCCACUGUCUACACACUCAAGCUCAUUGGCACCCAAGGACAGAACAGCUUCUCAUCUGAACCAGCGAUGGUUUGAUCUUUUUGGCCAGACUUCUUGACACUGAGCUCAGCUGAGGAAGAGGACAAGGACGGAAAGAAGGCAUGGAGCACAGCCACAUCUUCCCUGUGUCACACCACAAUGGGAGCACUGGGGGAUGCCCUCUCGGACCCCUGCCCGUCAUCUACUACAGCGUCCUGCUCUGUUUCGGCCUGCCUGCUAACAUCCUGACAGUGGUUAUCCUGUCCCAGCUGGUGCUGCGUCGUCAGAAGUCCUCCUAUAACUAUCUCCUGGCACUGGCUGCUGCUGACAUCCUUGUUCUGCUCCUCAUUGUGUUUGUUGACUUCAUCCUGGAGGAUUUCAUCUUGGCUUCCUUCCUGCCUCCAUCCAUAAACAGUGCAGUGCAGGUUCUGGAGUUCUCCUCCAUCCACACGUCCAUCUGGAUAACAGUGCCUCUCACCAUUGAUCGCUACAUCGCUGUUUGCCACCCACUCCGCUAUCACACAGUGUCCUACCCCGCCCGAACACGUAAGGUGAUAUUUGCAGUGUACAUCGGGUGUUUGCUCUCUGCUGCACCCUACUACUGGUGGCCUGAGUUCUGGCACAGUCUACCAGGGGUUGGCAAUACAGAUGAAGGAGGAGGAGGUGGAGGAGAACGCAGCAGAAGAACAGUGGCAGAGCAUGUCCUGGUUUGGGCUCACUGUGCCACCAUCUACUUGCUGCCCUGCACUGUUUUCUUCUCCCUCAACACCGGUAUUGUGCGGAAGCUGCUAAAGCACCGCAACUGCUUCAGGCUGCGUGGCUAUUCCACCGGCAAGACCACUGCCAUUCUCUUUGCCAUCACCUCCAUUUUUGCCGUCCUGUGGGCUCCGCGCACUGUCUUGAUCCUCUACCACUUCUACUCACCCCCACCAGCCUCGCAAAGCACUGGCCGCCUGCUCCACGUGCUAACUGAUGUGGCAAACAUGCUGGCACUGCUCAACACUGGCGUUAACUUCUUCCUGUACUGCUUCAUCAGCAAGCGUUUCAGGGCCAUGGCGGCCAACGUCCUCCGAGCCCUUGUCCACUGUCAGAAGCAGCCAAAACCAUUUUAUGCGAGUCACAACUUCUCCAUAACAAGCAGCCCUUGGAUCUCACCAGCCAACUCCCACUGCAUCAAGAUGUUGGUGUACCAGUACGACAAAAAUGGAAAGCCCAUCUGUAUCUCUUCUUGAGUCCAAACUUACCAGCAAUGGCCCCUCAAAUCUUUCAGGCUAAC